GCUUCUCAAGAUGAAGGCCCAGUCCCUCUCGGUGCCCAUCCAGGCCGAGGGCGGGGGGCCCCAGGGGCGCCCGCGGGACGGUGUGCCUUGGCUCAGCCCCCUCCAGGACGCUCAGGUGGAGUUCGGCUUCGGCAUCGCCAGCCACCUGCUGCAGCUGGGCAGUGGGGGCCCCCAGGCCGGGGUGGGCAUCCCCGCCAGCCCCCCGGCCGUCCCGCUCCACGAGAUGUACCAGGAGCUCUACUACUUCUUCGGGGACAGCCUGGCCACCCGCUUCGGCACCGGCUCGGGGCUGUGCCCGGCAGGGCCGAUGCCCGCCAGCCCUCCCAAGACCACUGACACCAAGAAGGAGCAGCCGGCCUUCGGCACCGGGGACGCCGUGCGCAAGAUGCCCCAGCUGACCGCCAGUGCCACCGUCAGCCCGCGGGACGAGGAGAGCCCCCGCCCGGACUUUUCGGCCAGCCGGCCGGCCUUGCACCGCUCAGCCAGCCUGGCCCGUUCCCGCAGCACCCUGCGCCAGCAGGGACACCGCCCCGUCGCCCGGGACGUCUUCCAGAAGUGCCGGUUUUCCCUGCAGGGGGCGCCCCAUUUCAGUUUUGUGAUCGCGGGGCGCCAGGUGGAGCACCGGUGCCAGGGGCGCCUCUUCCAGACCUGUUUCCCACAGCACCAUGGCCCAACCCACAUCUCGCGCUAUGCCCAGAAGCUGCCCAUGAUCGGCCGGACCAGCAAGCCUGCGAAAAAGUGGAGCCAUUCAGAUUAUUCCCUGUACUUACCUCUCUGAGCAAGGGGACUUUUUCAACCCUUUGGGAGUUCCUGGGGGCCCUCACCCAGAGACACCCCCCCACUCUCACCCUGGGGCCCCUUCCAUCCAGGACCUGUCCCCAAUCCUUUGGAAGGGCCCCCCGAGGGAUUGCGGCUUGGAAAUCUGGGGCUACCCCCUUGGAAUAGCCAAGCCCCCUUAAGAAUUCAGUGGCUGAUGCUUCCUCUUGAAGGUUCCACCACAAAACCGCGGUAGACAAAAGCGCGC